CGGCGCUGGGCCCUCCCCCUCGGCUUCCUUCCUGCCUGCUUGGCUCGGCUCCCUCCCAGAGAGGCGGCCCAGAGAGGCGGCCCUUUCCCCGGCGUUGGCCGGGCCUGGCUCCGGGAGGGGGGACCAUGAGCGCCCUCCGAGACGUCUCCCUCCAGGACCCCCGACUCCGCUACGAACUGCUCCAAAGGAUCGGCUCGGGCACCUAUGGGGACGUCUAUAAGGCUCGAGACACGGAGACGGCGGAAUUGGCAGCGAUUAAAAUUGUGAAAAUCGAUCCAGGGGACGACAUUGGGUCCAUCCAGCAAGAGAUCACCACACUCAGGGACUGUCGACACCCGAACGUGGUGGCCUAUUUUGGCAGCUACCUCAGGAAUGAUCGGCUAUGGAUUUGCAUGGAAUACUGUGGAGGCGGUUCACUGCAAGAAAUCUACCAUUCAACCGGACCCCUCUCCGAAAAACAGAUUGCAUACGUCUGCAGAGAGACUUUGCAGGGCCUCCACCACUUGCACACCAAAGGGAAAAUGCACCGGGAUAUUAAGGGAGCCAAUAUCUUGCUCACGACCAACGGCGACGUGAAACUCGCGGAUUUCGGUGUUUCCGCGGAACUGACGGCAUCGGUCGCCAAGCGGAAAUCCUUCAUCGGAACCCCUUAUUGGAUGGCUCCGGAGGUGGCGGCGGUGGAGAAGAAAGGCGGCUACAACCACCUCUGCGACAUUUGGGCCUUGGGCAUCACGGCCAUCGAACUGGCAGAGCUGCAGCCGCCUCUCUUUGACCUUCACCCCAUGAGGGCUUUGAUGCUGAUGUCCAAAAGCAGCUUCCAGCCUCCCAAACUCAAAGACAAGGCGUCUUGGUCGCCCGAUUUUCACAAUUUCCUCAAACUCGCCUUGACCAAGAACCCGAAGAAGCGCCCGGUCGCAGAAAAACUCCUCCAGCAUCCUUUCAUUUGCCAGCCUUUAUCCCGGACGCUGACCAUCGAAUUGCUGGACAAAGCCACGAAUCCUGACCUCACGACCGCUGCCUCUGCCUUGGAUGAUGGGGAUUUUGAGGCUUACGAAGCUUUCCCCGACAAGAUCCGUUCGCACCGACAACAAGGCCAAACCGAGGACAUCCGGCUGAACCAGGCGAAGUUUGGUCCCCCGCUCCGGAAAGAAACCGAACCCUGGUGCAGUUUGAAGGAAGAAGAAGAAGAGAACUGGAUGCUUUUGGGAGACGGAGAGAGCCUCCUUCAGUCGGUGGAAGAAGCCUUGGAGGAAAGGAGCCUCACCAUCCGCCCAGCCCGCCCUGCUGAACAGCCUCAGAAGGAGCAGCAACUCAGUGAUCCCGGAGUGGGUGAUAUGGACACUCUCCGGAGUGGACCCUUCUGGGACUUCCUCAACCUUGAGUUGGCCUAUAAGGCUCCUUGGGAGCACGAAGACGGAGCCGAGUUUUCGGAAGACGAGCACCCAAGAAACCAGACCCUGCUGCCAGGCAACACGGAUCUGGGUGAUACCCCAAUUUCCUUGGAUUCCCCGAAACCUGCGGACUCGCUCCUUUCCACGGAAUGGGCCACCAUGAAGAAGAAAGAAGAGGCGACCAGGCUGCUCUGCCACGGAUUGCCCCCCACCCCAAAAGUCCACAUGGGAGCCUGUUUCUCCAAAGUCUUCAACGGCUGCCCACUGAAAAUUAAUUCAGCCACGACGUGGAUCCACCCGGAAACGAGAGAUCUCUACUUGUUGGUCGGUGCGGAAGAAGGCAUUUACACCCUCAACCUGCACGAGUUGCAUGAAGACACAAUGGAGAAGCUCCUUCCCCAUCGAUGCUCUUGGCUCUACUGUAUGAACAAUGUACUACUGACCUUAGCUGGGAAAUCUUCCCAGGUGUCUUCCCACAACCUCCUGGGCCUCUUCGAACAACGUCGACAGCUCCAGAAGCGCCAGGUCCCGCUUUCCCUCGCCACCAACCGGCUUACAGAGAGGAUCAUCCCAAGGAAAUUUGCACUGUCGGCCAAGAUCGCGGACACCAAAGGAUGCUUGAAAUGCCGUGUAGUCCGAAAUCCAUACUCCGGGAGCACUUUCCUGUGUGCCGCCCUGCCCUCCAGCCUGGCCUUGCUGCAGUGGUACGAACCGCUCCAGAAGUUCAUGCUCUUGAAGCACGUCCCAGUGUUGCUGCCCAGUCCCUUGACCUUGUUUGAACUCUUGGUGGUGGAGGCCGAGGAAUUCCCGCGGGUCUGCUUGGGGGUCGCGGGGAGUGACCAGCCGGGCUCCGAGCUGCACUUCAGCAUCCUUCCGCUCAGCACCGGCCUCGGCACCACAACUCCCUCCGGUCGGCCGCUCGUUUUGGCCAGCCACGUCACGCAGAUGGACCGCGACACCGUCCUGGUGUGUUUCGAACGCUGCGUGAGGGUGGUCAACCUGCGGGGAGUUCCCCAAGGCACGCUCACGCCGGAGCUCACCUUCAACUUCCCUAUCGAGACCAUUGUGUGCCUUCAAGACAGCGUCCUGGCCUUCUGGAAGCACGGCAUGCAAGGACGGAGCCUGAAAUCCAACGAGGUAACGCAGGAGGUAACCGAUGAGUCCAGAGUAUUCCGGGUCUUGGGGGCUCAUAGGGACAUCAUUCUCGAAAGCACUCCCACCGACAAUCCCACGGCGCACAGCAACCUUUACAUCCUGACGGGUCACGAGAGCAGCUACUGAGCGAAAGUUUUGGAAAGUUUCGGAAAAACUCUUCUGAAAGCAGCUACUGAGCGAAAGUUUCAGAAAGUUUCAGAAAUUUUCGGGAAAACUCUUCUGAAAGCAGCUACUAAGCGAAAGUUUCGGAAACUUUCGGAAACUUUCGGAAACUUUCAGAAACUUUCGGAAACUUUCGGAAACUUUCGGAAAACUUCUUUUCUGCGAUGGAAAGUUUUUGAAAAGUCUCAUCGGACGCUUCUCAUUGUCAUUGUUGUGCCUGUACGGAAGCAGCCACUCCUAUGGAUGCCGAGAGGACCGACACCGGUUUUUUUGGGAUUUUAUCGGUAUCCGUUCGGGAUUUUCCUGAGAUUCAGCCGCCUCUCUGAAACGAACGAGGACGGCGUCUUUCUGAGAUACUCCCUUCGCAAUAAAACGAACCGCUCGUGGUCGUUUUCCCUUCGCAAUACGGACCGACCGCUCGUCGUUGUCGUCGGUUUUGGGGGGGAUUUUGCCGCCUCCCCGGUUUGAUGCCUUAGGUUUUGCUUGACCCGUUUCUUGUUUUGUUUCUCGCCUUCGGUGCAUCCCUUUACGCGACAAUCUCGGGCCACGACCCUAUCCCAUCCCUUUGCACUGGAGCUUUAAUUUAAUAUCAUUCAGGGCACUUUUUUGGAGAUCCAGAGAGUUUAUUUUUUGGACGGAUAAAGAGAGAGAAAAAUAGGUCGCCAACUUUAUGUAUGCACUGCUGAAUCGCUGGAUUAUUGGGGUGAAUAUAUAUAUAUAUAUAUAUAUAUAUAUAUAUAUAUAUAUGCAGAGUUAUAGGGUCGCGGGGAAAUCAUUUUCGCGGCCCUUUAUCGACUCAUUAUUGUGCUCCUUUUUCGGACAGGAAAUUGAUAUUAUCCCUGGGUUUCUGUGAGUUUUCCGGGCUGUCUGGCCGUGUCCCAGUAGCAUUCUCUCCUGACGUUUCGCCCACAUCGGGGGAAAUCAUUUUUGCGGCCCUUUAUCAACUCAUUAUUGUUCUCCUUUUUCGGGCAGGAAAUGAAUAUAAUCACCAGAUUGCUGGGAGUUUUCUAGGCUUUCUGGCUGUGCCCCAGUAGCAUUCUCUCCUGACGUUUCACCCACAUCGGGGGAAAUCAUUUUGUGGCCCUUUAUCGACUCAUUAUUGUGUUCGUUUUUCAGAUUGGAAAUGAAUAUAGUCCCUGGAUUGCUGGGAGUUUUCUAGGCUGUCUGGCCGUGUCCCAGUAGCAUUCUCUCCUGACGUUUCGCCCACAUUGGGGGAAAUAAUUUUGAGGCCCUUUAUUGACUCAUUAUUGUGCUCCUUUUUCGGGCAGGAAAUGAAUAUAAUCCCCAGAUUGCUGCGAGUUUUCCGAGCUGUCUGGCCAUGUCCCAGUAGCAUUCUCUCCUGACGUUUCGCCCACAUUGGGGGAAAUCAUUUUGUAGCCCUUUAUCGACUCAUUAUUGUGCUCUUUUCUCAGACAGGAAAUGGAUAUUAUCCCCGGAUUGCUGUGAGUUUUCUGCUCUGUCUGGCCAUGUCCCAGUAGCAUUCUCUCCUGACGUUUCGCCCACAUCUAUGGCCAGACAGCCCAGAAAACUCGCAGCAACCCAGUGAUUCUUCUCAUGAAAACCUUCAACAAACACAAUAUAAUUUUCCCCUCCAAACUGUUCUGAAAGUCUUAAGGGAUUACUAUUUUUUUUGCCUUAAAAUAAUAUACAUCUUGUUUAUAUGCAAACGCCAGAUAUUAACAAACCAGGAAUAUUUUCCCUUUACUGGCAUUAAAAUUAACAUGGAUUGGAUUUUCGGCGGGUGCGUCUACAUUGCAGAACAGAUGCGGUUUGAUACCACUUUGGGAAUCCUGGGAAUUGUAGUUUGACUAAAGCACCAGAAUGGCAAAGUGGCAAAGUGGUGUCAAACCGCAUUAAUUCCACAGUGUAGACGCACCCCUUGUGUGAAUGCGCAUUAAAUUUUGCUUGCCGCUCCGAAUUUUUGAUGUUACGAUGGGGGAUGAAUGACAACAAUAAUAAACUAUAUAUUAUUAUUAAUAAUAAUGUAUUUCUUAUUAUCUAAAUUAUUAUUAUUUCUUAUUAUUUGGGGUUAAUAAUUAUAAUAAAUUAUAUAAGAAGAAGAAGUAAUAAGAAUAAUGUAUUACUAUUUCUUAUUAGUAGUAUAUAAUUUAUUGUUAUUAGUAGAAUUUCUCAAAUUAUAUUAUAAGACAUAAUAAUAAUCAUAAUGUGUUAUUAUUUCAUAUUAUUAUAUAAUUUAUUAUUAUCAAUCCCCCAAUUUAUAGUAAUAUGAGAUGAAAUAAAUAUUAUAAAUUAUAUAAUAAUAGGAAUAAUAAUUAUUAUUAUUAUCAUCAUCAUCAUUAUUGCUGGGAUUAAUAAUAAUAAUGUAUUCUUAUAUAAUAUAAUUUAUUAUUCUUAUUAUUUCCCCUGCCGCAAUCCCGAACUCUGAGCAUCAGGUUCCCCGAAGGCUGCUAAUGAAUUUAUUUUGUUUUUUCUAAUGGCGAAAGCUGGAAUUUAUUGUCCUGAGCAAACAAACUUGAACAGAAAAUGAGUAUUUAUCAAAUAAAUGGGUAUUAAAACAACA